AUGGUACCGGACACUGCCUUCAGAGGCUUGAGACAUCACCCUGAGAGUCUCCUGAUCUACACUGCUAUGACAGGACUCCUCCCAGCAAUUGUGCUGUGUGGGCGCUACUUCUACAGCAGGCGUGUCAUCCAUCGUUACCUGGAAUGCGCCAUGAGCAGAGACAUGGGUGACAUUGAAGGGUUUUACACAAAAUCACCAGACUCCUGUCUGUGGGUAGCAGUGCUGGAAGGCAAAGUGGUGGGUGUCGUAGCAGCAGUCGGCCAGCAGAAGUCAGGAGGUGCUGUCGAGCUGCAGCGGAUGUCUGUUGACCGGAGCUGUCGGCGGUGCGGGGUAGGGGUUGCACUGGGACGGAAAGUCCUGGAGUUUGCUGCCGCUCACAGAUAUUCUUCUGUUGUGCUGGGAACCACGGCGUACACACCGGCUGCUCACCAGCUCUACCAGCGUCUGGGUUUCCGCUGUGGGAUGGUCACCAAUGGGUACGUCACACACGACGCAAGAUGGUCCUUACUGGAAAGAAUAUUCUAUAGAGUCCGCCAUCACCACUACAGCAAGAUCAUUUCAAAUGGACAACACUGA